AUGUUGUUAACCAAAGGAAAUCAGAGUGCUGGAGCCACAUUCACCCUCUUGGGCUUCUCAGAAUUUCCAGACCUCCAGGUGCCCCUGUUCCUGGUAUUCCUGACCAUCUACACAGUCACUGUGCUGGGAAACCUGGGCAUGAUCAUGAUCAUCAAGCUCAGUCCCCAACUCCACACCCCCAUGUACUUUUUCCUCAGCCACUUGUCCUUUGUGGAUUUCUGUUAUUCCACUACAGUCACACCCAAACUGCUGGAGAACUUGGUUGUGGAAGACAGGACCAUCUCUUUCGCCGGAUGCAUCAUGCAGUUCUUCUCGGCUUGUUUAUUUGCAGAGGCGGAAACAUUCAUGUUGGCAGUGAUGGCCUAUGACCGAUUUGUGGCAGUGUGCAACCCUCUGCUCUACCCAGUCGUCAUGUCCCAAAAGCUCUGUGCAUCAUUAGUAACCGGACCCUACACUCUGGGUAUUGUCUCUUCCCUAACACUUACCUAUUUUCUCCAGGCAUUAUCCUUCUGUGGGUCUAACUUCAUAAAUAAUUUUUUCUGUGAGUACUCUGUCAUUGUUUCUGUCUCCUGCUCUGACCCCUACCUCAGCCAAGUGCUGUGCCUUGCCAUCGCCAUAGUCAGUGAGGUGAGCAGCCUGGUAAUCAUCCUCACUACUUAUGUUUUCAUCUUCGUCACUGUCACAAAAAUGCCUUUUGCUAGUGGGCGCCAAAAAGCCUUCUCCACUUGUGCCUCCCACCUGACCACCAUCACCAUUUUCCACGGAACUAUCCUGUUCCUUUACUGUGUACCCAACUUUAAAAACUCAGGGCUCACCGUCAAAGUAGGGUCUGUAUUUUAUACAGUGGUCAUUCCCAUGUUGAAUCUUCUGAUCUACAGCCUCAGAAACAGAGAUGUGAAGGAGAGUGUCAGGAAAUUAAUGAACCACUCAGUGCAAUUUUGUUGA